AGUCGCAAACAAGUUGCCUUGAGCCAUAGACGCGGGAACGGCGCCGGCGCAAUGGAGCAAUACCUUGGGAAAAAAUACAAACUGGUAUCUUCGGAAAACUUCGACGAAUAUCUCAAGUUCAUACAGGUCGGUUUCCUGUCCCGCAAAGCUGCGCAGGCGGCGACGCCAGUGUCGUUUCUGGAGCGCAACGCUGACGGCAGCUACACGUUCUCCGUGACGUCACCUAUCAAGUCCAGCGUCGUCACUUUCAGGGAGGGGGAGGAGUUUGUUGAAAACAGACUCGAUGGAGCCAAGGUGAAGUCGACUGUAACCAUAGAAGGAAACAGACUGAUCCAGAAACAAGUAGAAGACAACGGGAGGACAACAACCAAUAUGCGGGAGUUCACGCCAGAGUUUUUGGUCGUGACGACCACAGCUGAAGGCUGGGACGGCAAAUGUGUGAGAACUUACAAAGUGAUUGAACUAUCAAUAGUUUGUGCUGUUAUUGGAUCUAAAAUUCCUGACAAAAUGUCUUACUUUGGGAAAACGUUCACUUUCGAGAAACAUGAGAAAUUUGACGAGUUCCUUGCAGCUCUGGGAGUGCCACAGGACAAAAUAGAUGAAAUCUGCUCCCAAAAAGCCACUCUGAUUUUGGAAAAAAAUGGAGAUACCUACACCCAGAAAUUAAUGCACAAAACUACCACUUUCCAGUCGGGCGUAGAGUUCGACGAGACCGUCGGUGAUGGUUAUCAGUGCAAGACCAUCUGCGUGGUGGACGGUGACACUGUCACGCAAACGCAAAAGUUCAAAGAUGGCCGCACUAUCACCUUUAAGAAAGAGUUCUCAGACAACAAGCUUGUCGUGACGGCUACCAACAGCGCUUGGGAUGGCGUAUCCUACAGAUACUACUCUGCGUAA